CGCAGAAUUUUUAAAACCCGAAAAGUGACUUGCUGGUCUCGGAAUGGAUGAGCUUACGGAACGGCAAUGGUUGAACAGCUACCACGCAUGAAUUGGUCUGCGCUUGAUACCCUUUCUCCUCUUUUCGCCAAACAUCUGGUUAUGCUUCGACACAGUAUUGGCUUUAAUUUUCCACCUUUUGUCCUGGGGCCUCUUUUAUCCUGAUAUAUAUCCUUUAUUUUUAUGCCCCCAUUACGGCGUUGCAAGGCGUUUUGCGGGGAAAAGCUUUCUUCUACCGUCAUACAAAACAAUGCCGGCUGUAUAUACACAGAUUGGCAACAGACGAACGAUGCAACUGGGACCGGCGGGGCUACUACUCUGUCGUUGACGGAGCACAGCUCGAGGGUCGCAGGUCAGCUUGGCACCUGAAAACCAACCUUUCGAACAUUAUACGAACACGACAUGGUGCAUAUGUUCGGACUGGCUUCUUUUUUGUCUUUUCUUUUUAAUACAAAUUGUACAUGACUUUUGUUGGGGGAUGGAUGUAGGAAUAGUGAGCGAUCUUGGGGGACCGACGGUCGCAUAUUUGGGGGUGUUCUGAUGGAAAUGUCAUCAGACGUGCCGUCUGGAUUUACUGGGGGGAUCAAGAGAACUCGUCGUGGAAGUUGAAAGGGGGAUGAUCGAAUAUUAUAAAAUGUGCAACACAGAGCUAUACUCACUCGUAGUCAAGACACAAAUCUUUAUUUGGGAAUGGUUCGAAUAGAAUGAGGCUCUGUCAAGUCGGCCAAACGUCACAAAGCAACUCAAUUAAUGUCUACAACUGUACUUAC